CUAGUGUGGAGUUUUCUAGCAGUGUAUCCUCUAGAAGUAGAAUUGAUAUGUAACGUAACGGCCUACAAAUAACGCACUACGCCUUGGUUUCUCUUCAUUCAUCGGCCCGUCUUGUUCUUUCUUGAUCGAUCCAUCUCUCUGCUGCUAGCUGCAAGCAAGCCAGCAGCUAGGCAGCAGAAUUAAUAAUAGUCAUGUCCAGCUUCAGCUCCAGCUCCAGCAGCACAGCGGCGGCGGCCGUCCUCCUCCUUGCCGUCUCAUUGGCUGCCGCCGUGACCGUGAACGAGCCCAUCGCCGACGGCCUCUCCUGGAGCUUCUACGACUCGUCCUGCCCCUCAGUGGAGGGCACCGUGCGCUGGCACGUCGCCGAGGCGCUCCGCCGCGACAUGGGCAUCGCCGCCGGACUCAUCAGAAUCUUCUUCCACGACUGCUUCCCGCAGGGCUGCGACGCGUCCGUCCUCCUGUCUGGGUCCAAGAGCGAGCAGCUUGAGAUCCCCAACCAGACGCUGCGCCCCGAGGCCCUGAAGCUCAUCGACGACAUCCGCGCCGCCCUCCACCGUGCCUGCGGCCCCAAGGUGUCGUGCUCCGACAUCACCACGCUCGCCACCAGGGACGCCGUAGUCGCCACCGGCGGCCCCUACUUCGACGUGCCUCUGGGCCGCCGCGACGGGUUCUCGCCGGCGUCGAGCGACCUCGUCGGCACCCUACCGGCCCCCUUCUUCGACGUGCCGACGCUGAUGGAAGCGUUCAAGAACCGGAGCCUGGACACGGCGGACCUGGUGGCGCUCUCCGGCGCGCACACCGUGGGGCGCGGCCACUGCGCCUCCUUCAGCGACCGCCUCCCGCCCAACGUCGACGACACCAUCGACCCGGCAUUCCGGGAGAAGCUGACGGCCAAGUGCGCCAAUGACCCCAACGCCACGCAGGUGCUGGACGUGCGCACGCCCAACGCCUUCGACAACAAGUACUACUUCGACCUGAUCGCGAAGCAAGGUCUGUUCAAGUCGGACCAGGGGCUCAUGGACCACCCGGCCACCAAGCGCAUGGCCACGCGCUUCUCCCUCAACCAGGGCGCCUUCUUCGACCAGUUCGCCAGGUCCAUGGUCAAGAUGAGCCAGAUGGACGUGCUCACCGGCAACAAGGGGGAGAUCCGCCACCUCAACUGCGCCGUGCCCAACGCCGCCGCCGCCUCAUCACCAGGAGUACUAGUCCUCCGCACCGACCAACAAGACGACGGGCUAGCGGCCGAUGCCUAGCUGAUUAUUGCCUAUUUUGGUUUAUAUUAUUGUUAGUAUAUAUAAUAUUAACAAGGUGUUUGUUAUGUCAUUGUUGCAAGCAAUAAGGAUGUGAGGAGCAUCAUCUAGUGCAGUGCAGUGCAUGGCCUGGGUCAUGGCUCACAGACACUAGCAGGUAGUAGGGCAAGAAGGGAGGGAGGGAGGUUUGGGUGAUGGGCAUAUGCAGUCAUAUGUCCUGAACAACGUCUUUAUAAUAGUAUUUUGGGUUGAAGAUGCUGCAGGUCUGCUUGUUCUGAAUAUACAACUUUACUAUUUU